GAUCCUGAUGUCUAUUGUUAUAUUGUAAAUGAUAAUUGUUCAGAAUCAUCUUACCACCCACUCCGACGUGAAGCCAUUUUCUUGUCCUAUUUGCGGACAUCUUAGCUCCACAUCAUCAAACUUAAACUCCCAUACAACUAAGGUUCACAAAAUCACAUUGUGCCAGGCAGAAGGAAUGAUGAAACGGAACCGACAUGGCCGGGAAAUGAACGAAGAGGAACUUGAGCAAAACAAGAUAACUUUGCAACGUAAUCAGAAGGUCCCCGGUGAACCAACCCGAGUAGUUGCGGAGGCAAGAAAACGCGGGAAACCCAAUCGUGCUCCAGCGCCGCAGCAACAGCCACCAGUUGUACACCACGAUGCCGCAGUUGCGCAACACUCGUGGGAGAGCAAUAUGGCGCGUAUAGAAGCAGGAAUACGACAGGAUAUGAUGAAUCGCCAUGAAAUGGCUCGUCAUGAAAAUGCUCUUGGACGCCUUGAUCCUCAUGCGCUGAACAGAAUCGAAAAUCUGUCCCGCGAAGAUACUAUUCCCAAGCAGGAACGACAUCUACCGGAGGAAGCGGCAAAUCUUGUAAUGCCGCGUCACAUGCUGUUUCCGGUGCAUAAAUAUUUUUAAAGAAAACCUGGUACUCGUCAAUAAAUCAUCUAUACGUACUGUAUAUGCAAGCUUGAAGUAGAGGUGUAACCUGAGUCAUGACAGGUUUAUGUUUGAAUUCGUUCAAUUCAUUCCAUAUUAAAGAUUUCAAUUAAGUAUUUUUUAUGUAUCUUGUUUAAAUAUGUAAUUAAAGAGCAUUGAAAAAGUAAGAAACUCUUUAAGUCAAUUAGAUCAUUUACUUUAUAUAUUGUUUACAUCUAAAAUACCUGCUUUACAUUUACAAAAAUAUGAACGGUCUUAGUACUUCUUUUUCUCACAAAAAUAAAAUAUGAACAUUCUAUUUUUUUUUCUU